CAUAAGUAUCCGAGGCCCCAAUCAUGCAAAUUAAAUCCUAUAUAUUCUCCAUCCUCUUCACAUUUCACGAGCCUACAAUAAGCUCUACCGAUUCUCUCUCUCCCUCCUUGUCUCUCCCUCUCAAAAUAAUCUAAACCAUGGUUUUAGUAUCAAGACAAGGAGGAGAAGAUGGCUCAACUGAUGAAACAGCAGUUGAUUUUCGUGGUAACCCGGUGGUGGACAAGUUCAAGACUGGUGGAUGGCUUGCUGCUGGUCUCAUCUUAGGAACUGAGCUGUCUGAGAGGGUGUGUGUGAUGGGGAUUUCGAUGAAUUUAGUGACAUACUUAGUGGGAGAUCUGCAUAUCCCAUCGGCAAAAUCAGCCACCAUUGUUACCAACUUCAUGGGAACUCUUAAUCUUCUUGGUCUUUUGGGAGGGUUUUUGGCCGAUGCCAAACUUGGCCGCUUUCUUACUGUUACAAUCUCUGCAAGCAUUACAGCUUUGGGAGUGAUCUUAUUAACACUAGCCACAACAAUUCCCAGCAUGAGGCCGCCUCCAUGUGAUGACUACAGACGUCUUCAUCAUCAAUGCAUUGAGGCCACUGGCCACCAACUGAUCUUGCUUUAUGUAGCUCUCUACACUAUAGCACUAGGAGGCGGUGGAAUAAAGUCUAAUGUUUCUGGCUUUGGUUCUGAUCAGUUUGACAUAACAGAUCCAAAAGAAGAGAAAGCUAUGAUAUUCUUCUUCAACAGGUUCUACUUUGGCAUCAGCAUUGGCUCCUUGUUUGCUGUCAUUGUGCUGGUAUAUAUACAGGACAAUGUGGGAAGAGGGUGGGGAUACGGAAUUUCUGCAGCUACAAUGGUGAUUGCUGUGGCUGUUUUGCUGUGUGGGACACGAUGGUAUCGAUACAAAAAACCUCGGGGAAGCCCUUUAACUGUCAUCUGGAGGGUGGUCUUGCUGGCCUGGAAGAAGAGGAGUCAGCCUCAUCCUGCACAUCCCAGCCUUUUGAAUGAGUAUGAAAAGGCCGGAGUUUCUCAUACACAGAGAUUCAAGUGUCUUGACAAGCUCAUACCCAUCUGGUCCACAUGCAUUCUUUUCUGGACCAUAUACUCUCAAAUGACAACUUUCACUGUUGAGCAAGCAACAUUCAUGAACAGAAAAAUUGGGUCCUUUACUGUCCCUCCAGGUUCUCUGUCUGCCUUUCUAAUCAUUACAAUUCUCCUAUUCACAUCUCUAAAUGAAAGAGUAUUCAUCCCAUUGGCUCGAAAAGUUACCCACACUGUUCAAGGAAUCACAAGCCUUCAAAGGAUUGGGAUUGGGCUGACCUUAUCAAUAGUUGCAAUGGUGGUUGCGGCUAUAAUUGAGAAAGAAAGGAGGGACAUGGCGGUUCAGUCAAAAACCCAAAUAAGUGCUUUCUGGCUUGUUCCUCAGUUCUUCCUUGUGGGUGCUGGAGAAGCUUUUGCCUAUGUUGGACAGCUUGAGUUCUUCAUUAGAGAGGCACCAGAGAGAAUGAAAUCAAUGAGCACUGGGCUUUUCCUAAGCACUAUCUCAAUGGGGUUCUUUGUUAGCAGUUUGCUGGUGUCCCUCGUUGACCAAGUGACCAAGAAGAACUGGCUUAGAAGCAAUUUGAACAAAGGGAAGUUGAAUAAUUUCUACUGGUUGCUUGCAGUGCUAGGAUUAGUAAAUUUCUUUGUGUUUCUCAUCUUUGCAACCAGACAUCAAUACAAAACACAGCAGCUUGUCAAAUCUGCUGAUUCUGAUGAGAAGGAGCUUAACAACAUGAAUAAUGAAGUAGUCGUUUAA